AUGGUUUGGGGCUACUUCGCAUAUCUCCCUCAAGAGCUUGACGAGCUCGAAUCGAUGUCAGGAAAGCAAGCAAAGGAAGCUGUUGCGGAACAGGCUGCAAAGCAAGAGCGGCGAGAAGAGACAUGGGACACAAGCUCACAUUCAUUUACUGCAGGUGACGCAAAGAAGGGUGCCAACUUGUUCAAGACAAGAUGCGCACAAUGCCACACCGUCGUUGAAUCAGAGGGCAACAAGAUCGGCCCCAACCUGCACGGUCUCUUCGGUCGCAAGACCGGCUCCGUCGAGGGUUUCUCAUAUACAGAUGCAAACAAGUCAAAAGGCAUCACGUGGAAGGAAGACACUUUGUUCGAGUACCUCGAGAACCCCAAGAAGUACAUCCCGGGCACCAAGAUGGCUUUCGGUGGUCUGAAGAAAGGCAAGGACAGGAACGAUCUGAUCACCUGGUUGCGUGAAGAGACCAAGUAG